UAGCAUUAACAUCUUCUCCAUCUCGCAACCUCCUUUGCUGCUAAAAAUCCCCAUGUCGAACGCUAGCUUUCUGGAGUUUCAGUACAAGCUCUCAAAGAACAAGUUCCUCCGAAAGCCUUCUCGGAUGCUCUCCUCGCGCAGCAGGCAGAACUCAAGCAGCAGCAUACCAAUAAUGUUGCAGCCGAGUGUGAAGGAGAUGAGACAAGUAUUCAACAAAUUCGAUUCGAAUGGAGAUGGCAAGAUCUCUCAGCAGGAGUACAAGGCCAUGCUGAGGGCUCUAGGGCAGGAGUUCAUGAUUCCGGAUGUGCCCAAGAUCUUCAAAGUAGCCGACCUGGAUGGAGAUGGGUUUAUCGAUUUCAACGAGUUUGCGGAAGCUCAGAGAAAGGAAGGAGGCGUUCGCACGAUGGAUUUGCAGAGCGCUUUCAGGACGUUUGACGCGAAUGGGGAUGGGAGGAUAAGCGCGGAGGAAGUCCUGGGAGUCCUGAGGCAGCUUGGCGACCGGUGCAACCUCGAGGAUUGUAGGAGGAUGGUUAGGGCAGUCGAUAGCGAUGGGGAUGGGCUGGUUAACAUAGAUGAGUUCACCACCAUGAUGACUCGAACCCUCGUGCAUAAUAACUAAAUGUGGCUGGGUGUUCAGUGUUGUGUGAAGAGAUCUUUGCUUAAUGUCCUUCUAAAAUCUGAACCUUUUCUUCUAUAUCGGUUGUUUCUUUUAUCUUCAGUAGAUGUCUCAUGUACAGAUUCAUAAAUAAACGUGUGCAUUCUCG